AUGUUCCACCACCGUCCUCUGUCCGAGGCUCGCCGUGAGAUCAGACUCAUCCGCUUCGUGGUGGCUCCAUCUUCGGGACCCCCCUCUGAGGAAGCCCCCAUCGCCCUCGAGCUCUGCCAUGUUUCCCUCGACGAGGAUCCCGAGUACGGCGCCCUCUCCUACGUCUGGGGCGACAUGCGCGAGACACUCGAGGCCACCGUCGACGGCCGAUCCUACGCCAUCGGCCGUAAUCUGCACGGGCUCUUCCUCCAGCUGCGUCGCCAGAACGUCACACGAAGCACAAGGCGCUCCCACGCCCACGCAACGCCGGCAUCCAGGACAUGCUCGAGCGAGACUACCUGGACGCGCAUGUGGAUCAUUCAAGAAAGUCCACGGUACCCCGUCACGCCGUCAUCGCCUGCGGCAACGCCACGCUGCCUCUGCCUCUGUUCAACCGCCGCCCUCGGCGUCAUCUGGGCCUGCAAGCGCACCUUUCGUCCCGCCCUGCCGCGCUACCGAGCCUUCGCUGCCGCCGUCGAUGAGCAGAUGCUCGACGUUCGCGCCCUCAACACCCGCGCCGACUAUCACGCUGGCGUGUCGCUGAUGCUGCUCGACAUUCUGUACAUUCGGGACCCGGCGCCGGGACGGCCCUACUACGCCGUGACGGACCCGCGCGAUGUUGUCUUCGCCAUUCUCGGCAUCGUCUCGGAUGGAGAGGCCCUCGGUCUACAGGUCGACUACACAAAGACGCGUGCCCACGUCUUCGCCACGCUGACGAGGGCCCUCAUCAUGCACGGCGACUCGGCGUACGGCAGCUUCGGCCUCGACUCGGUGGUGCCGAGAGCAGCGGCAGCGUCGGAUGAUUUGCCGUCUUGGGUCGUCGACUGGCAGGCCAUGGGCAUGCGCGGAACCCCUCAAAAGGCCGUCCGACACCAGGGGCUGUUCGGUGGGUGGUGCGAUGCCACACGAGGCGGGCCAGGUCAGGACGGAACAGAGCAACCAGGCGACACCGACAGCGGGCUGUUGCGCCAGGGUGGAUGCCGCGUCGACGUCGUUGCCGAGGUGCUGCGCCCCCCGACGGGUAGGCCCUGCAACAAGUGCAUGCCGCCUGCGCUCUGCGAACGAUGCCACCCCGAUCUCGACUGGUCCGCCGUCGAGGCGUUCGCCCGCCUCGACGAGGCGUCGAAACCGAAUCCCGACUGGGGCGCCACCGUGUCGGCCCUCGCCACAGCCGUCACGGCCAUGGAUCCCGUGUCGGUGGAGCACAUGGCCCGCAUAGAGGCGCCCAAGGUGUUCCGGCUCGUCAGCAAGAUGCUGCUCGCCCGUCCCAUCGCCGCCGACGCCCUCGACGACACAGAGGCCGCCCUGUUCCGGGAUGACGUUUACGGCUACUGGAGCUCGGCGCCCGCGGAGGUGGCCCUGACGGACGAAAACAUUGCCGAGUUUGCCGAUGCGUUGCGGCGGCAUUGGGCGGCGUGUCUGCGCGGGCGGACCUUUUUCUGGACAGAGGGUGGCCGCCUCGGCAUCUGCUGGGCCGGCGUGCAAGCCGGCGACGUCUUGUCGCUUGUUUGGAAUGCGCCGGCGCCGGUCGUGCUGGGGCAGAGGCAGGGUGGUGGUUUUGUUUUCAAGGGGGAUUCCCGUCUGGCGCGCAUUGCGGAGGAUGUGGGACUGCGUUGUUCCCACGAUGAUGAUGAGAAGGACGACAAGAGCUCACGGAGAAGGAAAACGUUCCAAACGACGUACUGCACCUCCACACCCGCGUCGGUCAUGCAUAGAUAUCGAGCAGGCUUUGUGGUACGAGGAGCCGGCCCGUCAGAAGACCAAAUCGCCGUACACGUCCUCGAUGCUCUCCGCAUCACACUCCCUCUUCUUCUUGAGGAACGCCAGCAGGCUCUCCGUCUCGAGAUCCAACGAGCGCGGAUGUCUCGGCUCGUCCUCAUCGAAAUACGGGCUCACCAGGGCCGCCACCUCCCUCCCCUGCGCGACGAGCCCAUCUUUCCAAUCCUCCCACCAGCCCCGAAACCCACCCUCCGUGGCACCGCGCGCAAGCCGCUGCGCAAAAGGCGAGGCAAAGGCGAGCACGGGGCCGAAAGACGGGCGUCACGUGGCCCGGCCUGCCCAGCGACUGCACCGCCCAGUUUGAUGUCGCGCGGGCUGGCGUCGUCGUGGGGCGGCGUCGCGCCGACGAGGCCGACGCCGUGGCCCAGCGGGUGCGGGAAGAGGAAGCGCUGCGCCGCGAUGGGCACCAUCCACGUGCGGGUCGCGAGGCCGUGCCUCUCCGCCCACGCCGUGACGAGGCUGUCGUCGUCGAAGAGGAACGACAGGUUGCCGUUGGUCUCGUCAAAGUGCGUCUUGACCCAGAGGAAGACGGGCGUCGCGUCGUCGGGCGCGAAGCAGAUCAGCAGGGCGGUGCGCCGCCGAGGGCCGCGUGCCCUCCGCCAUGGCCUCCCGAAGGCCGCACACGUCGGCGUGGAACGCCUCGUCGUCGGCGCGGCAGCCCUCGGAGCAGUAGCCGGCCUCGUCGCACGCGGGGCACUGCGUCUUGACGUCCCCCUCGCACCGCAGGCACCGUUAGCGGAUGCGCACGUCGUCACGCGUCAUGUCGGCCGGUGCGCCGGCCGUGUAGAUGCGGAACCUGUGGAGCGAGGCCUCGACGUCGAGGGCAUGGCUGUGCGCGUGCGCCGUCUUGGAAGAGGCGAGGUGCUGGCGGAUGCGCAGGCGCUGGACGUCUUUCCCGCGGUGGCGCAACAUGGCGUGGAACGAGCGGCCCUUGCGGAUCCCAGGCGGUGA